CUGUAAUUGUUCCUUAGCUCUCCCUCUCCUCAUCAAAGCUCGCAGCGCUUCCAACCAUCCAUGGAGGGAUUCCAGAAAACGGUUCGCGAUGCCAUAUCGCAGGAUCCAAAGGCCACCUUAAGCUCAAUCUCCUCCUUCUUUCAGAAUUCAAGCCUCAACUCUUCUUCAACCUCUGGCUCUGCGAAAAUCUCAUCUACCGAUCACUCUCAGCUCUUGCUCUCUCGUCCCCCCAGGCAAAUGGUAUCCCUGUGGACGUGCUCAAAGCUCUGUGCAGUCUUCUUUGUUGCUGGAGUGUUUGUAGGCUACACCUUGAAGCGGCGUGUCCGUCUGUGGGCCUCCAAGCUGCUCAAGCGCUUGAAGGAUUACUAACUUUCCCCAUCAGUGUUAUAGCCUGUGUUUCAAGUGGAUAAGCAUUUACAUGUGCUUUGAUGAAUUUCAGGACUCAAGCUGUUAUUUUUCUAUAGAAUUGUAUUGCUAAUUCUAGAUCUGUUAUUUCGACAUUGAGAUGAAAGUUAAUUGGGAAGUUAAUUGAGAGUCAUUAACUUGUGGGAUACAUUGCUGCAUUUACUGCCCAAAGCAUCAUAGAAAGGAAGAAGCAAGGGAAGUUUAAUGUGUCAUUUUCAAUAGUCACUCUAUCCGAAGUUUAAAAGUUGUACCUUGAGCAACCAUGUUUUUUUGUUUUCAACUGGAUGUAGUAGUUUGUUUUU